GGGAAUGGGAUAUAACAGUAGCACAGUUUAAGGUUUCAGCCACAACUCCUACCAAGACUCAAGAAAUCCCAAGCACUAGCCCACCUCAAGCUGCGGUCGCCUCGACACCGUUAUCCUACCCUCAACUCACCAUGGCCGUAGGAAAAAACAAACGCCUAUCCAAGGGUAAGAAGGGAAUCAAGAAGAAGGUCGUAGACCCCUUCUCGCGUAAAGAAUGGUACGACAUUAAGGCACCUUCCAUCUUCGAAGUAAGAAAUGUCGGAAAGACAUUGGUCAACCGAUCACAGGGUCUCAAGAACGCCAAUGAUUCACUCAAAGGCCGUAUAAUCGAGGUUUCCCUCGCUGAUUUGCAGAAGGACGAGGAGCAGUCGUUCCGCAAAAUUAAGCUACGGGUUGACGAGGUUCAAGGAAAGAACUGCCUCACCAACUUCCAUGGAAUGGACUUCACGUCCGACAAACUUCGUUCGCUGGUCCGCAAAUGGCAGACCCUCAUCGAGGCUCGCGUCGACGUCAAGACGACUGAUGGUUACCUCCUCCGUCUCUUCGCUAUUGCUUUCACGAAGCGUCGGCCAAACCAAGUUCGCAAAACCACUUACGCUCAAACCAGUCAAAUUCGGGAAAUCCGGAAGAAGAUGUUUGAGAUCAUGACCCGCGAAGCAUCCAGCUGUGAUUUGAAGGAGUUGGUUCAGAAGUUUGUGCCAGAAGCCAUUGGGCGGGAGAUUGAGAAGCACGCGCGUAACAUCUUCCCCCUACAAAACGUCUACGUGCGGAAGGCAAAAAUUUUGAAGGCACCGAAGUUCGAUGUCUCAAAACUGCUCGAGCUCCACGGUGAAACAACUGAUGAGACGGGCACUCGGGUAGUGAAGGACUUCAAGGAACCUGAGAUUCUUGAGUCUGUAUAAAACCCUUUGUUAUCUACUACUGCAUUCCCUAUGAUUUCCGUUUACAUGUCACACGGGUACUACCAAUAUGAGCACCAUGGCCCAA